GGGACUCAAUCCCAGGUCUCCAGGAUCACACCCCAGGCCGCAGGCAGCGCCAAACUGCUGCGCCACCGGGGCUGCCCCUCUGUGCCCCUCUUUUCCCACACCUCUUUCCUGCACGGCUGUGCCUCUCACCAGCACUCAGCUUUUGCCCUCCUCUGCCCUCUGAGUGGUCCUCAGCUUUACCUGUGCUCCUGCCUCUUGACCCCCAAGUGCAUUUCUAGCCUGGAUUCUGGGGAGCUACAGCCAUCCAGUUUUGAUGCCAGAUGCCUUAGGGCCAUGAGAGCUGCCCCCGAAGACUCCUAGUGCCCAACAACUCCCAGGCAACGCAUGUGCUUGGGCUCCAGCUCCCACUGACACAAGCGGGAAUCCCAUCUGCCAGCCCUCCAGCCUGGAAGCCUCCCCGAACCAUGGAGGCCCUGGACGUCCCCGUGGGCACACUGAUAGACUUCGGGACUGAGCCGUCUGCCUCCUCACCCCUGGAAGCCCUGCCUCCGAAGCUGCAGGAUGGGGAUAGCUCCCAGGGCGACGGUGCUUCGGAGAGCGAGACCACAGAGUCUGCGGACAGUGAGAAUGACAUGGGCGAGUCGCCCUCACACCCAUCCUGGGACCAGUACCGCCGCUCCUCUUCCAACGAGUCCUUCUGUUCCAACCAGAGCACUGAGUCCACCAAGGAUGAGGAGGCCCCGGAGCUCCGGGAGUUCAUGCGCAGCUACGUGGAAAAGAUCUUCUCUGGAGGGGAGGACUUGGACCAGGAGGAGAAAGCCAAGUUUGGAGAGUACUGUAGCAGUGAGAACGGGAAAGGCCGCGAGUGGUUUGCUCGAUACGUGAGCGCCCAGCGCUGCAACUCCAAGUGUGUCUCGGAGCCAACCUUCUACCGCCUGGUGCAGUCUUUCGCUGUCGUCUUGUUUGAGUGUCAUCAGAUGGACGACUUUGGGCCUGCCAAGAACCUCAUGACCAUGUGCUUCACCUAUUAUCACAUCGGUAAGCCGCUCCUGCUACCCAUGGAGUCCAAGGAGAAGCCUGCAGGGAGCAUCGACUCCUACCUGAAAUCCGCCAACAGCUGGCUGGCAGAGAAGAAGGACAUCGCUGAGCGGCUGCUGAAGAACACGGCCAGGACAGAGAAUGUCAAGGGCUUCUUUGGGGGGCUGGAGACCAAGCUGAAGGGACCCCUGGCCAAGAAGCACGAGGAGGAUGAGAACAAGCCCAAGGAGAAACCACAGAAGACCGUGACCAUGUGCAGCCCGGAGGAAGAAAGGAAAGGGGAGAAGGUCUACCUGUACACACACCUGAAGCAGCAGCCCAUCUGGCACACGCUGAGGUUCUGGAACGCGGCUUUCUUUGACGCUGUCCACUAUGAGAGGAGAAAGCGGUCUCCCACCACCAGAGGGGAUGCUGGAGAGGAGGAGAAGAAGAGGGAGAAGUGGUGCCACAUGACCCAGGAGGAGCGCAAUGACAGUCUGCGGUUCAAUGAGAACAUCACCUUCGGGCAGCUGGGCACGUUCACUCACAACAUGCUGGCAUUCGGGCUGAACAAGAAGCUGUGUAACGACUUCCUGAAAAAGCAGGCCGUGAUCGGCAAUCUGGAUGAAGAGCAAUACAAGCUGCUGAGCGACCACAUUGAGCAGAUGGCCACUGAGUAGGCCGUGGGAGGUUGCCCAGAGUACCCUCCAGGAGGACUGAGGGUGCACACCCCUUUCCUGGGCCAGCGACUGGCUGUCACCCCACCUGAUGACCCUGCAUGACAUCGGCAGCACCCAGAGCCACUCCACGCUGCCCUAGAACUAGCAGUUAGAAGAAUCCGGUUGCCUGUCUCCCCACCUCCCUUUUGCCUUGUCUGCUCCCCCUAUCUGCGUGCCAAAGGGUCCCUGGGAUUACAUGGCUAAAACCAAGGUGACUGCCCGUACUCCUGAGUGUCAGGCCUGUGACAUAAGACAAAGCAGGAGGAGGAGGAAGGAGAGCAGGGCCGAGGCAGACACAGGGCAGUGCCUGCUGCAGCCUCCUGAGGAGGAGAGAGGGAGAGGGUGGGGUGCACAUGGGGAUGCAGAUGGAGACAUCAUGAGCUGGCCCACUCCAGAGACAUGAGGCAGGCCCUGCUGAUAGUCUGGGACAUUCUUCUUCAGCAGUGGGAUGGAGUAGGGGUACGCCCACAGUCAGCGCCCCCAGGGCAGGCCAGGUCAGUCCGUGGCUUCGGCUGGCUCUGUGCCAGCUCCCCACCCUGAGACAGGAACUGGAGUCACUGAAACUGCUGGGAGGAAGGAGACACUUCCGAUUUUAGGGAGGGGAAAGAGCUCGGUGCUGGGGACCUCCUUCCCUGGCUGCAGAAGGGCCCAGUCAGGGGGGUGAGCACCCCGGAGACCUGGCAGGAUCUGAGCGGCUGCUUUAGAAUCAUACCAGCACCGAGGUGUCGGUGUCAGACCACCCGAAAUGUGCCUGGUCCACUGACAGCUUCCUUCUGAAGCAGAGAGAGUCCUGCCACUCUCCCUGGGAGUAGCAUGGGCUGUCUGCCCCAUGAAGCAGCAUUGGAAAGAGAAGUUUCUUCAGUAGUUGCAAGGCAACCACCCUUUUUAAAAGCAGACACUGCUGUCCUGUAUUUCAAGGAAGACAGGAAAAUCUGUCUGUGUGACAGGCAGCCGGGCAGAGGCAGCUUCUGGUGGCACCUGUGUGAGGCUCGUUAGUGGAGCAGCCGUGUGCCCUCCACCCCCGGCAGCCUUGGGAAGGCACCUUCCCCUUCCUCCUUGGCCCACGCAGGCUCUGCAGAAACCCCCUGUCGUCCUGCAUCAGGUGCCUGGGAACCCUGGCUUUUCUCCCUCGGUUUGUACCGGGCACCGCUGACCAGCCCCAGGACUGACGUGUGACGGCAAGCAUCCAGCAUGCAGCUCCCCUGGCGUGAAUAUUUCCCGUCAGUCUGGUUCCCUCUGCCUUGGCGCCUUGCCCUUGGGCUCUACCUUUCCUGACAUCCUCCCCUCCCAUUCCCUUCUCUACCUCCUCGCCUCUCGGUCAUCACAUUAUGGUCUCCUCUUGAGCACAACAAACCAUGCCUGGUCGUCGCUACCCGGCCAGUGCUGGAGCGCUUUUCCUCAUGGGAUGCCUCCCUGGAACGUUCCAGAGACGAGCAUGCACCAACUGAGCUGUAGCACACGUGUCUUGGUGAGGAUGGGAGAGGCGACGUGAAGUGUGGUGUGAUCUGAGCGUGCAGCUGUGCAGCUUUGCCAGCCAAAGGCUGGAUCCUGAAGCUCUGCUCGUUUUUAUGAUGGUGUCUUGUACGUGUGUGCACGUGUGUGCAUGUUUUGGGGGGGCGGUCAGCCUGUCUGGCAGUGUCACCAAAUAAAGCACAGCCGUAUUGUUGGGUCAGGUCCCACAAACAGGAGGUCCCCCCAAUUCCAUGGCCAGUGUUGGGCCCCAGGGUUAGCAUAUGUAUCUACUGAAUGCAUUUCAAAGAAAUAAGGUCAAAUUAACAGGUAUAUGGACCCCUCCUUCAAAUAAUGCUAAAAGGCUCAGCCAUGACCCAGACUCCGUCAUGCUCCCCUACCCAUCUGUAGAAUCAGGGCCACACAGGGGGUCUGUCCGAGACCCCCACUGGGCUCUCCCCUUAGCUGCAGAGUCGUUGGCUUUGUCAUUUCUUACUCGUUGGUUGAAAUACGUUAGGACUUUACUGUAAGGUGCCCAAAAGACUUAUCCUUGUGUAUGUGAGGUAUUUGUAUAGAAGUUUGGUUCUACUUUCUGGAGAGAGCCAAGUGGGUCCUGAGGUCCAUUCCCCCAGGGAGGGGCCUGCAAGACCUCGCGGGUUUUGGAAGGAAGCACAGCUGUAACUUCUUUCGGCUUUUUCAAGCACUUUAACUUCAAAAAUGACCUUGAGACUUUUAUUCCUCCAUGUAGGCCUCUUGGAAUAGCAGUUAAAGGUGGAAGCAAGGGCCACUUUGGGUUUUCUCCCCUCCCGCUCCUUGUUCUUUUGGAUCUGGCUGGGAAGAGCGGGGUUGGUCAGCCGCCGGCUGCUGCCAGAAACGUGAGCCCUCCUCAGAGGGCUUGAUGAUGGCUUGCCGUCUCCUGGUGGCAGCCUUAGAGUGCCUCUGGCCAGUGUCACCUGGAGGAGUACCAACCCUGGAAAGAAGGCUGGCAGCUUGCUCUGCUAUUUCCCUCUGUCCUUGUAACACUGUCUCUUCCCUCAGGGGCCUGGCCGGAGCAGACACAGGACAGUCUCAGAGAUCCUAGCAUGUGGAGAGGUGCCACCCUGGUGUACACACAGGGACACUUUGGUGUGAAAGCCCCUCUAGCCCUUCCUGUAAACUCAGGAACCAGAGACUCAGUGCAGGAAGGGUCAGAUCAUAUCCUAGAAGAGAGUUUCCCAUCCCAGCAGGUAGGGUGUCUGAAGCCGGGAGCUCUGAAGGCUCACCCUGAUGCAGUGGCAUUUCAGGUUUUCUGCUGCCUGUCCUCUGGGGCUGUGUGAAUCACAGUGAGCCAGGACAGCCAGUCCUCUCAAAUAAAAAGUUCCCUGCACGGAAAACAGGAUGAUGUUGAGAUGCAGCUUUUGGAGGAGAGGUCAGGGUGGUGCUGAGGGAGACAGGGAAGGAGAAUCCCAAGCAGGCCCCACGCCCAGUGCAGAGCCCGACACGGGGCUCCAUCUCAUGACCCUGAGAUCACGACCUGAGCCAAAAUCAAGAGUCAGAUGCUUAAUGGACCGAGCCACCCAGGUGCCCCACGAUGCAGUUUGGUAUGUGUUGAGCGUUUUUUUUGGUAGAUGUGUUAGAGAGGCCACGUUGAUAUUCAGAUUGCAUCUGUUGUAUGUGUGUGCAUGUGUUUAACCAAAGGAAGGAGAACCGGAUUCUGA